AUGCGCUCAAUCAAAGUUGCUUGGCACCUUGGUUGUAAUUUUGGGCCAGAAAAAAGGUCUUUGAGCGACUUACAAACAGUCAUUCGGACAGGAUAUUGGCCAGAUUUCAACUUGGGAAAUUUUUAUUCGAAGUCUUGUAGAAAAAUAUUUAUUUAUGAAAAAUUCAACCGAUUUUCGUACAACAGUGGAAACCGGUGUAGAUCUGCGCCUGCUAAUUCUCUCUUUUUUUUUCAAUCCACUGUAACAGAUCUCUGAGGACCAGGAGCGAAUUGAACAGAGACAAAUUGAACGACAGAAAAAUAUCAAAGACUACUGUGGAAGACACGUUGGAAAGAGCAAACAAGGCGAGACUAUGUCCAGAGAGCUUCUGGGUCAUUUAAUCGUUAACGACAAGUAUAAAGUUAUCUACUGCUAUAUUCCCAAGGUUGCCUGUUCUCAAUGGAAGCGUGUCUUUCUUGAUCUUGAAAACCGAGCCAAGGUGAGAGAUGAACACUCUAAGAGUAAUUUUAAGUUCCUUCAAAAGUAUUCCGACGAGGGUGUUAAAAUGAGGCUUCAAUCCUACUAUAAGUUUCUUUUUGUUCGAGAGCCUUUCGAAAGGCUUUUGUCAGCGUAUGAAAACAAGUUUGUAAAGCGGCAAUGGCCAUGGCGUUAUAUUUGGAAGCUGGAGAAGGCCAUUUAUAAUAAAUUCAGUCACGUUGAUCCUAGCGCCGGCUGGAAUGUGACAUUCAAGAGAUUUGUUUAUUUCUUGAACGAUUUUGGAUUUAAUCGAGACGAGCAUUGGGCACCUUACAGACGACUUUGUUUCCCAUGUGACAUAGAAUACGAUUUUAUCGGCCAUUUCAAAGACAUGCCGGAAGAAGCUGCUUACGUACUAAAAAAAACUGGAAUGGAUAAAGAGGUUAUUUUUCCUGAGUUUGUAACCCACAAUACAACGGAUAAACUGCUCCAAAAAUAUGCACCAGUUCCCAGAGAGAAGAUUGCAGAACUGGCCAAGGCCUUUGAAGAAGACUUUGAAAUGUUUAAUUAUAAUUUCCCAGGGCCUCUUUCUAGCCUUAUGGAAGAUUAA